GGGGGGUCUAAAUUUAUUUGUUGUUGGGUAUAAUAAUGAGGGGAUAUCAGUAGUGGGGUACAUAUGGUCAACCUAUGUAAGUAGCGAGAUAGAAGGAGCAUUCAUAAUUUUUUUCACCCAAUUCCAAAGAUUCGUCUGUCUCCUCAUUCUCUCCUUUGAUUAUUAAGCCCCCACACACACAAACAGCGGCCACCACCAAACCAACCCAUUCCCAUUCCUCUUCUUAAACCCCCAUUUCCCUCUCUCAUCUUCCCCCACCCAAUUUCCAACUUCCCACGCCAAUUUUGAAUUUACCCAGAUGGGUUUUGACGAUCUCUCUAAUACAGGGCUUCUCUUGGGUUUGGGAUUAACGCUUCCCUCUAAGCCGUCUCCGCCUGAUAAUCUUUCUCAAACGCCCAAGAAAUCAGUAGCUCUGUUCACUUUCUCCCCUUCCGCCGCUAAUUCCGAGCCGUCUUUAACUUUGGGCCUUUCCUCCGACGCUUACCUCAACCUGCAGGCCGCCGCUGAUGCGGUUGAUUUGUGUCGCCAGCCCUCGCCCCACAGCGCGGUUUCUUCAUUCUCCAGCGGCGGCAGAGUGAAGCGCGAGAGAGACGUUUCCGGUGAAGAUAUUGAGGAAGAGAAAGCUUCUUCUCGAGUCAGUGAUGAAGAUGAAGAUGGCUCUAAUGCUAGGAAAAAACUUAGGCUAACCAAACAACAAUCUGCCCUCUUGGAGGAGAGCUUCAAACUUCACAGCACUCUCAACCCUAAGCAAAAACAAGCUUUGGCCAGGGAGUUAAAUCUGCGGCCGAGACAAGUUGAAGUUUGGUUCCAGAACAGGAGAGCCAGGACAAAGCUAAAGCAAACAGAGGUAGAUUGCGAGUUCCUAAAGAGAUGCUGCGAGACACUAACAGACGAAAACAGGAGACUGCAGAAAGAGCUGCAGGAAUUGAAAGCCCUGAAACUCGCACAGCCUCUGUUUAUGCAAAUGCCGGCGGCGACACUCACCAUGUGCCCGUCGUGCGAGCGGAUCGGCGGCGGAGUAAACGGCGACGGCAGUUCCAAGGGC